UUUUGAUGACUGAUAACUAGACAUUUAAUUACCAUUUAGGAAUGUAUUUAUUUAUUUUCCAUACACAAAAGCACAGGGCAAGCUACGAGACAAGGUGUGUUACACCUGUGAAUUUAAUGAAAUGAUCGACCACUAGACGCUCGAAUUGGACUGUUAUAUACUUUUAUUAUUAUUUACGCGAUUAAAACGACACCGCCAAAAUGUAGAACCACCAAAUCAGAGGUACCAACCAACGUCUCAAAUUUCGUUAUCACUGGUUUCGUCUACUAGUCUUUUCUAACUGCGGAAUUCUAAAGUUCUGAGUCCGACCUAGGAAAUUCUGAAUUCACUUCAAACGAUUUUCAGCUACCAAGGGUAUUCACAUACAGCGAGUUUCACCGGUGCUAGUUUAUUAUAUAAAAUAUCCACCUUAAUGGUGAUUUUAGUUCAUGAUAACACUUAUCGUGGAUUUGAAAUCAUUUUAAAUGAUACGAAAAAACAUAUAUUUAUUAUUUUUAAAUUAAAAGAACUUACUGCCCUUCCGGGUUAUAGCUUAUAAAUUUUAAUACGUUGCAUAAUAUUUACGUUUUACGACUUCGCGAUAAUAUUCAACACUCAAAUAAUAAGGUAUUAUGGUGUUGUUUUAUUUAUAACUUAUUUAAUCUAAAUGAGUGCUGUUCGUAAAAAUCGAAUCAUUAUCAACUGUUAAAACCGAACGAAGUAUUAAAAUUAUAUUUCAUAAUGAUAUCUAAAAAAUUAAUUAACAAAUUAUUCGGAAACCGUAGUUCGUUGUACAUAAAAAACCAAGUGUGUUAUUCUUCAAUAGAGAAGCAAAACAAAAUUAAAGUUAAUAAUAUUGAAAUUAAUUAUUUAAAAGUUGGAAAUGGUCCACAGACCUUGUUAUUAUUGCCAGGAGCAUUAGGUUCAAUAUUUACUGAUUUUAAGCCACAAAUUGAAACUCUUAAUCGUGAAAAAUAUACAAUAGUUGCAUGGGAUCCACCCGGUUAUGGUUUUAGUCGACCACCAGACAGAAACUAUUCACCAGGAUUUUUUUAUCAUGACGCUGACUAUGCCAUUUCACUUAUGAAAUCAUUGCAAAUCAAUAAAUAUUCACUAUUGGGUUGGAGUGAUGGUGGCAUCACUGCACUUAUAAUGGCAUCCAAGGCUGUGGAUAGAGUGGAAAAACUUAUAAUUUGGGGUAGCAAUGCGUAUGUUACUGAAAAAGAUAUUGAAUUGUAUGAGAAAAUACGUGAUAUACAAAAUUGGUCUCCUCGCAUGAAACAGCCAUUUGUUGAAUUGUAUGGCGAAAAGUAUUUUUCUAAUACUUGGAAUGCUUGGGUGGAUUCUUUUCAAAUAAUACUUAAAGAAAAUGGAGGGGACAUUUGUCGAGAAGCAUUACCUAAGAUCAGUGCACCUACUCUCAUUUUGCAUGGGGCUCAAGACCCUAUAGUGCCCAUGGAACAUCCUGUUUAUUUACACAAAAAAAUUAAAUUUGGAUCGCUUAAAAUCUAUCCGGAAGGUAAACAUAACAUUCAUCUAAGGUAUGCCGAACUGUUCAAUUCAGAAGUUGACGAUUUCUUAGCCAAAAACUAGUGAACAAUAUAAUUCAAGACUUAUCGAAAUAAUUAAUAAUCUUAGUUCAAAAAUAAAAUAAAAAUAGUGUCAAUUAUUACAA